AUGCAUAAUCUAGAUGGGAAUAAGGUGGUGAUGGAGUAUAUAGGAGCCACGGGCAUUCCAGUUACAUUCGAUCCUGUUCCCAUCAACGAUGGCAUCGACUUCCAUUUCAUACUCAGCUUUGCAAUCGAUGCAGACCCCUCAGGCAAUGCCCAAAACGGAAAAUUCUCACCAUAUUGGGCAGCCACAUUGACACCAGACUCAGUUGCAGCUCUCAAGGCUCGCCACCACCCCAACGUCAUCAAAGCCUUAGCCAGCCUCUCCGGUUGGAGCCUCGGCAAAAAAGUCCUGCGUUGGUACGACCCCAAAGACACUCAACUCUGGAUAUCCAAUGCUUUCAAAUCCCUCCGAUCCAUUAUUACCACUUACCAUCUUGAUGGCAUCGACAUUGACUAUGAAAACUUCCAAAAAGGCAACUCAACCUUUGCUUUCUGCAUUGGGGAGCUCAUUUCCAUGUUGAAGAACCAAAGCUUGAUUUCUGUAGCCACCAUGGCACCCUUUUAUACCACUGCUCGACCCUACAUCGAGCUCUUCAAUAAGUAUGGAGGUUUCAUUGACUUCGUUAAUCAUCAGUUCUAUACCGAUAAGGUUAGAUCCCCGCAAGGGUACUUUCAAGCCUUUAGGCUUCGAGCUACGCAAUUUGGCAGAGAUAAGUUGCUGCCUAGCUAUGAAGUCAAUGGAAGAGGAAUUCAAGGGGAUGCCUUUUUCGAGGCUUUGGAUCUUCUGAAGAAGAAUGGAUUUGAUGUUAACGGGAUCAUGAUCUUCUCGGCUGAUGCUUCUGCCUCCAAUAACUACUACCAUGAGAGGAAAUCCCAAGAUUUCUUGCUUGACUCUACUAUCGUGUAAUGCAGCUAGCUAGCUAGGCCUUCAUGCAAAGUUGAAUGAAUAAAGGAUUUUUUUUUUUUAAUGUUUAAUUUUAGGA